AUGCCUAGCAGAAUGGGCUCAAAAAUUGAUUUGAACAAAGACUUCAUCAGAGUAAAAACACACUAUAGUGGGGACAUCCUGAUAACAAACUUGGAUGCAUCAAUGAGCUAUGAUGAACUUUGUGAUGAAGUGCAUGAGAUGUGCAAUUUACAACAGGAACAGCCAAUUACCCUCAAGUGGAUUGAUGAUGAAGGUGACCCAUGUACCAUCUCAUCUCAGAUGGAACUGGAAGAAGCCUUCCGUUUGUAUUGUCAAAACAGAGACGAAGGGCUGAUUAUUCAUGUUUUCCCAAGUAUUCCAGAGAAACCCGGCAUGCCUUGUCCAGGAGAAGACAAAUCAAUCUACCGACGUGGAGCCAGAAGAUGGAGGAAGCUGUACCGAGUGAAUGGGCAUUUGUUUCAAGCGAAACGUUUUAACAGAAGAGCGUAUUGUGGCCAGUGCAGUGAAAGGAUAUGGGGUCUCGGAAGGCAAGGCUACAAGUGUAUCAACUGCAAAUUGUUGGUCCAUAAACGUUGUCAUAUACUUGUUCCACUGACCUGCAAAAGGCAUAUGGAUUCGGUCAUGCCUUCCCAGGAACCUCAGUUAGAUGAUAAAAAUGAUGAAGUUGACCUACCUUCAGAAGAAACUGAUGGAAUUCCCUACAUUCCUUCAAACCGGAAACAUGACAACAUUAAAGAUGACUCUGAGGAUAUCAAACCAGUCAUUGAUGGAAUGGAUGGAAUUAAGAUUUCUCAGGGGCUUGGACUACAGGACUUUGAUUUAAUCAGAGUUAUCGGACGUGGAAGUUAUGCCAAAGUUCUUUUAGUUCGGUUAAAAAAGAAUGAUCAAAUUUAUGCUAUGAAAGUAGUGAAAAAAGAAUUGGUCCAUGAUGAUGAGGAUAUUGAUUGGGUACAGACAGAGAAACAUGUGUUUGAACAGGCAUCCAGUAACCCAUUCCUAGUUGGUUUACAUUCAUGCUUUCAAACAACAAGUCGAUUGUUUCUUGUCAUAGAGUAUGUAAAUGGGGGAGAUCUUAUGUUUCAUAUGCAACGGCAAAGAAAACUUCCCGAAGAACAUGCAAGGUUUUAUGCUGCUGAAAUUUGUAUUGCUCUGAACUUCCUACAUGAAAGAGGCAUAAUCUACAGAGAUUUAAAACUAGACAAUGUUCUUUUAGAUGCAGAGGGUCAUAUCAAAUUAACAGAUUAUGGCAUGUGCAAGGAAGGUUUGGGCCCUGGUGACACUACAAGCACUUUCUGUGGGACACCAAAUUAUAUUGCACCAGAGAUCCUCAGAGGAGAAGAAUAUGGGUUCAGUGUGGACUGGUGGGCUCUCGGUGUGUUGAUGUUUGAAAUGAUGGCAGGAAGGUCUCCAUUUGAUAUUAUUACUGACAAUCCAGACAUGAACACUGAAGAUUACCUCUUCCAAGUUAUUCUUGAGAAGCCAAUCCGGAUUCCAAGGUUUCUUUCUGUCAAGGCUUCCCAUGUGUUAAAAGGAUUUUUAAACAAGGAUCCCAAAGAAAGGCUUGGUUGUCAGCCACAGACAGGAUUUUCUGAUAUCAAGUCUCAUACGUUUUUCCGCAGCAUAGACUGGGAUCUGCUGGAAAAGAAGCAAGCAACCCCUCCAUUUCAGCCUCAGAUCACAGACGAUUAUGGUUUGGAUAACUUUGAUACACAGUUCACCAGCGAACCUGUGCAGCUAACCCCAGAUGAUGAAGAUAUAAUAAAGCGAAUAGAUCAGUCAGAAUUUGAAGGAUUCGAAUAUAUUAAUCCAUUGUUGCUGUCAACAGAAGAAACGGUAUGAAGGAAUGACAUCUUCGUUGUGGACAAUGUGAAUGACCUUUAAAUUUAUCCUUAACUACAGUAUAUGCAUGCGAGGCUGGGGAACUGUUAAGAUUUCGGACGGAGACCAAUGAUUAAAAAAAAAAUUGCUGCUGAAAAUCAAAGAAGAGAAUAAUGAUUUUGGUGGGUGUCUUCUGCCACUUAGUGAUUCUUAAGUUCUGGGCACUGACACAACUGGCUUCAUUAAUGAAGGAAUUUGCAUUUUGUGCCUGUUUCAUGAAGGAUUGAAACGUUCAUUGCAUCCCUGGAAAAGGAGAUUCUGAACAACUUUGAGAUCUACAUACUUUCUACAAACAUUUGAUGCAAUGAGCUACCAAUUGAAGAAUAUUACAGUGUAACAUCCUGAAGAAUAAAAUAUAUUACGGUGGUGUUGAAGCUUA